UCGUCAUAAGUUUGUUUAAUUCAUUGAUUCAGUCUUACGCUAAACUCCGUGCAGAGUGGGUGUUAUUAUCCGUUGUGUAGUAAUUCAGUGGCCUUGAUUUUGGAACAAGCUGCGAGAAUGGCCCAGGAAAAACCAGUAUUCGACUACCAUGAGGAGAGCCAGAGCGAGAAGCUGGCGCGGAAAACUAAGGAAUCUCCCUUCAUGAUUUUAGGUAUCGCGGGAUGUCUGGGUUCCGUCGCCUACGGCGCGUACGCGUACAAGAACCGCGGCGCAAUGAGCACCAGCGUAUUCCUCAUGCAGUUCCGUGUGAUCGCGCAGGGCACCGCGGUGGGCGCGCUGUGCGCCGGCAUGGCCUACACGCUCUACAACAACCACUUCAACAAACCCAAAGAAAACCUCGCUAUACUGCCGAAACCGAACGAGCAUUAAUUUUAGUCGCUUAGUGAUAAAGUAAGAUAAAAUGGGUAUAGAAAUUCAGUCCUCUAAAAGUAAGAGUGUUGCAGUUAAAGCGACACAGACUAUACGAUGUAGAGCGGCGUCUCUUUUCCACAAAUGUAUCAGACGUAGGCACUUUGUAACGGUGUUGCCACAAACAAAAAGAAGAUAACAUAGGUAUAUUAUAUGCGUUAGAAAUACAAAUAUAAAACGUAAAAGAAUUCAAAAUUGUGUGAGUCAUCAUCAUCGGCCAUGUAGUUCAUCGAAUGCAAAUAAUUACAACAAAUGCACUAAAAGGUUGCUGUGCUGCAGAAUGUCGAUAUAUUAAUUUGCCAGUGACGAUUAUAAACAGUGACGUUAUAUCGAUACGAUUCAUUUACUAUAGGUAUUCGUAUUGUUACGAACCUAUACAUUACGAAAUUUUAUCAAAUAUUAUCUACACUUCAGCCUUCCGUUUUGAUACGAUAGAUUUACUAUACUACCUAAUAACGAAGCAAAAGUGAUUGAAAUACGAAAAAGUCGAAGGUCGAAUAUUUACGUUAAAUUAUGUAUUUAUUAGAUAACUUUAUUGUGACACUACGGUACUUUCUGUAUCAUUCAGAUCAAGCUCUGGUAUCCGAUGUAGCUAAAUUGUCAUGUUGUGCACGUAUUUAUUAGUUCUUAGAGAGUUAGGUUAGGCUACGCUUGAACACAUUUUGUAUUCAAGGAAGUGCCCGUUUCUAGAGCUCAGAAUGUUAUCACAUUUAUAUCAAGAUCCUGUUUGCAACGUUGAUAGCCAGUGACUUUGGCAGCGAUAGGAUUCGACUUAUGAUAGACCACUAACGCCUUUUCGUAUUUUGAGAAUCAUUAAUGCUUGUAUGCAUGAAUCCUAUUUGUAACUAAUAAAUUCAAUCCGUUUGAAAAGUGUUACAUUUAAAAUAUGUUCCUUUUAAUUCUGCAAUUAAGAAAUAGGUAACAGUAGUACCUGUACUUUAUCUAUUUUACACAUUGAAAUGAGUUGAGUAUUUGUUUUCGAUAGUGUAAGCGAUGCGAGUUUGUGAACGGCUGUGCUAAUUUAUGUUAUCUAUUUAAAUUAAUAAAAUUAUGUACUGUAUUUAAA